AUGCGUAAAACAUCGACUGGUUCGAUUCCUGUUCGAGGGGCUAAAACUACUAGGACAACGUCUUCUGCUACCUCACAAAACACUUCUACUUCAUCUACUACUUCAUCUUUACAAUCAAAUAGAAGUAGUUCAAAAAAUCCAUCAUCUGUCAAAAGAUCAGGUGCAUCUGUCUCUCAAAAUACUUUAUCUCCAAAGAAUACAUCUCCACAACGUUCAAGAUCUCCGUCGCCUUCAUCCGUAACAACUUCAAAACCUAUUCGAGCAACUGCUUC